GACUUCCCCGGUCGCUCCUCGCUCCACCGCCGCCUCCUCCUUCUCUUCCCCCUCCUCCUCCUACUCUUCCUUGUAUUCUCCUUCUUAUUUCCCCCAUCGAUACACUCCCCUUCCUUGGAGCGGAUUGGCGAUUUCUUCUUAUUCGAUCUUGCCGAGACAUUCGAUCGGUAGCCCCGCCCGACUUGGGAUUCCUCGGAGAUUGAUCGGUCCUCGGAGUGAUCUAGCGGAAUGCGCUUUUUUUGAAGGAGUUUGUUUGCUCGUCGGCGGGUUCCGAUCGCUUGAGCGGAAAAUAAUUGGAAUUAGGGUUUCGACGGGGAAGAUGCCGCGGAGCUCACGGCAUAGAUCUCACCGGUUGCACAAGCACUCGAGAGAUCUGUCCGAUUCCGAGGAGGACGGGAGUCCGCGGGAGAGGAGGAUCAGGGAGGAGGAACCGACCGCGAGCUCUGGUGCUAGGGUUUCCAGAGAUCCGGAGCCGGAGAAGCGGAGAUCCUCGCACGAACAUGCCGGGAAAGAGCUGGUGGUCACUAGCAAUGGGGAUGCCUCUGGGGAGCAUGGGAAGAAGCGUAAAGAAAAGGCAGAGGAGGUGGCAGUUGCUGAUCGAUGGAAUGGCGGUGAGGAGUGUGACCACAAGAGGUCGAAGUGUGAGGAAUUUGGGCCCGUGGAGUUGGAUAAGAGUUCAAGGUCUAAGCUUUUGACUGCUGAUUCCAAGGUCAGGUCUAGCAGAAGGCAUGAUGGUUCAAAUGAAAGAGAUGAGAAUUCUGGUGGGAAGAAUGAUUCGGCCAAGCACAAGUCUGAAAGAGGUGCAGAUCGGAGGGAGAGCAGUAGUCAGUAUAAGGAUGGAAGGGCUAGGAACAGGAUAGAGAAGGACACCAUCAAGGACAGGGAGGUCCAAGAUUCCAGGCAUGACAAGUAUGAUGAUAAGCAUAGUAGAAAAAAUGGUCCUAAGUCUGGUGGCAGCACAGAAGAACUCACUUCAAAGAAGUAUACAACAAAUAAUGAAAGGCAAGAACAAUAUAUCUUUCGCAGUGCUGAGACAGAGGAGCCUGAGAAACACCUAGGGAGAAGAGAUGACUUUGAAGAAAGAGAGAAAUGGUUGGAUGAUAGUGGACAUGCGGAUGAUAGGAGAUUGUAUUCUAUGGAUGAUCGUAGUAAAAAUAGAAGCUAUAAAGAUGAAAGGCAUGAAGAUGCUAAGUACAGAGGCAAAUACAGGGAUGACGAUGACAGGGAUCAGAAGCAUCGUGAUGACAAGUACCAUGAUGAAUGUCCAGAUAAAGACCACACCAGCAAUAGAUCUGACAAAUGGAACCUUAGAGAUGAAAACAAACCUCUGGAGAGUCAUUAUAAAAGAAUUAAACUUCAGGAUACUGAUCAUGAUGCGACUUCCUAUGUUGAUGGCCAUGAAACCAAGCUCAAAGAUAACAGGGGAAGAAAUAGAUAUUCUGAUGAAAAGGAUCACAGUGACCUAGAACCCAGAGGUGCAAAGGAACAACGUGAAGUUUUUCAGAAAAAUGCAUCGAUUACCAGUCAAACUGGUUCACAUUCUGAUAAACCUAGGUCAGAGAUUCAGCAACCAGAGAAGACUAAUUCAAGUCCAAGAAAUCACCGACUGAAAAGCUCCAUUAGCUCAAGCACAUGUGCUGCUAAAGAUCUUAACAGGAAUAUCUCAAAGAUUGCAGAAUUUGCACAUAGUGAGUCAGCUCUUGAAGAUAGACUUUACCCUAAUGCAGCUUCUAAAGGAGAUAGUUCCAUUUCUUCUGGACUUCGUGACAAAAUUUCUGUUACUAGAUCAGGGAAGCAAACCCUAAAGGAUGACAUCCAUUCUGGUGAACUUUUUGCAGAAGCUGCUGCUUCUUCAAAGUGCAAUAGGACUCCGAGAUCAGAUGCCCAUACGUCACCAAAUCAGUUGAAGGGAAGAUCUUCUUCAGCUAUUAUUAAUCGUCGGUUUUCAGAAAGAUCUCCUUUGAAGUAUGAGAGAUUUGCCAGGCAAUGCGUUGAUAUUGAAAUUGGGCAGAGGAGUAGUAGCUCCAAAGCUGGAGACAGAGGAGAGUCGGCUUUGGAAAAGCCAAUCAUAAAUGACAUAUCUCCUGCUGAUGUCUGUGUUAGGGAGUCAACCCUUGGUUCAUCAUCUAUUAAUCGAAGUGAUUAUGUUUCUGACUGUUCAUUUAACCACCUUCCCUCUCCAUUGCCUGUGAGGUCUGGGGUUGACUAUCCAGCAGUCUUGGACCCAUAUCAAGAUGAUGAGAGAGCUCGGAGUACCGACCGCAAAUCUUCUAAUCGUUAUAAAAGGAUGGAUGAUCUUGGAUUCAUAAGAGGGCAUGGAAACGCAUGGAAGGGUGCCCCAACUUGGCCCUUUCCAGUUACAAAUGGUUUUGUUCCAUUACAACAUGGUCCACCUCCUGUAUUUCAUCCAGCCAUGUCUCCGUUCCCAGCUCCACCUUUAUUUGGUGUUCGACCACCUAUUGAUUUGACCCAUGGUGGGGUUUCUUAUCACAUGCAUGAUGAGGCUGUGAGGUAUUCUGGUCAUUGCCAGCCAUUUGGUUGGCACAAUCCAGUCGAUCAAUUAUCCCAUCCUCACAUGCAAAUGUGGGAUGGAAGCAGCGACAUGUUUAAGGAUGAAUCCCAGACCUAUGGGAGGCCAGAAUGGGAUGAAAAUAGUCAGCUAAAGAGCAGUAGAGGUUGGGAAAUGGGUUCUGAUAGGUGGAACAAAGAAAGGGAAUUGUUGAGACAUUCUCUUACUGAUGAACUAGCCCAAUCAAAAUGUUUGCCUACUGGAAGCACUGGAGCAAAACAAUCAAGUGAUACACUGCCUGUCAAGAGUGCUGUUCCGUCUCCCCAAAAGGAUGUAAUUGAGAAGACACAUGAGCCCUCAAAUGUGCCAGGAGAUAAAAUAUCCAACUGUUUCGUCAAUUACUUUUCAAGAAUAGAUAUCUCGCCAGCUCUUGCAGGUUCAGAAUUGUACAAAAGGUGCAAAUCCCAAUUGAGAACGUUACAUGUUAAUGAUGCAUGCAAUUGGACUACUUACAGAAGCAUCCAGACUAACAAAGAAGGCAGCAUAGUGAAAAUGAAGAGCGCAAGUUCUAUCUUGAACUCUUUCUUUCCAUCUGCAAAAGAUAUUGUCUUCAAGAGGGCUAUGUUCUUGUAUCAGCAGCAAAAUGGAAAGGCAUACAGGAAACAUCAUGUACCGGCACCUGUAUAUUCUGAAGAAAAGGAGUCUCCACAAGCUUCUGCUAACCGGAAAGUACUGGGUGGUGCUAACUGUGCUUCCUUGGAGAAAACUGAUGCUGACUCCACUGAUCACAUCAAAGCAGGAGACAUCACUGUCGUACAGGACUCUGAUUGUCCUGGUGAUGCCAAGGAUCAAAAAUCUGAUUUCCCUUGUGGUCCUACUGUUCAUGGUAAUAGUACUCAAGGUUGUGAGGUUAUAGCAGAAGAGUGCAGGAUGAAUGUAAGUCGGAUACAUAAUGUUCCUGAAAAUACACACUGAACAAUAUUUUAUCUCUUUGCUAAUGCCAUUUUCAAGUUCAUGUUUA